CAAACCACUGUUAACGUUUUAACAGCCCAGAAGUAGAAAGAGAGGAAAACAGGAGCUCCCCGAUUCCUUCCUAAAAAAUUCUUCAACAAGUUUUGAUUUUGGGAAGGAUCCAACGAAAAUGGCUGCUUCUUCCGAGAUAUUAGGAUCUUCUUUUCUCCAACAAACUUCUUUGCUCCCUUCUUGGAACUCGCCGCUGUUCCGCCGCGAUGAACAGAGCAGGCUCUCCGUUACUCCUCCUCCGAAGCAGAGCAGGAGGAGGAGUUGCAGGGCGGUGCGGCCUCCGCUUGCGGCGGUAGUUAUCAAGGAGAGGUUCGUGAAAGUUGAGCGAGAAGAGAAGGCGGUGAAGUUUAAGGUCAGGGCGGCCGUGACGGUGAGGAGGAAGAACGAGGACCUCGGAGGCGCGAUCGCUAACCAGGUCGAUGCCUUGUGCGACAAAUUGGGACGAAGCGUUCUUAUGGAGCUCGUGAGCACCGAGAUGGACCCAGGAACGAGGAAGCCAAGGAGCAGCAACGAGGCGGAGCUGAGGGGCUGGUUUGAGAAGAAGGACGCGAAGACGGACCGGGUGGUGUACGCGGCGGAGUUCACGGUGGACUCCAACUUCAACGAGGCAGGCGCUAUCACAGUGCUGAACCGCCACCAGAGGGAGUUCUUCCUGGAGAGCAUCGUGGUGGAAGGCUUUGCCUGUGGUCCUAUCCACUUUCCUUGCAACUCCUGGGUCCAGCCUUCCCGCCUCCACCCUACCAAGAGGAUUUUCUUUUCCAACAAGCCUUAUUUGCCGUCGCAGACGCCGGCCGGACUAAAGGAGCUGAGGCAGCAGGAAUUGAAGGAGCUGAGGGGCGACGGCAAGGGCGAGAGGAAGAUCACCGAUCGAAUUUAUGAUUACGACGUCUACAACGAUUUGGGCAACCCCGACAAGGGGAUCCAGUUCGCACGGCCAGUCCUCGGAGGGGAUAAGAUGCCCUACCCAAGAAGAUUGAGGACUGGGCGAGCCCCGACAACCACUGACAAAGAUGCGGAGCGCAGGGUGGAGGAUCCGCUGCCCGUGUACGCGCCGCGCGACGACCAGUUCGAGGAGGGCAAGGUGGAGAUGAUAACGGCAGGAGCCCGAAAGGCUGUGCUCCACAAUCUCCUUCCCCUUUUAGUCGCUUCCAUCUCCCCUGAGAGCCAUGACUUCAAAGCCUUCCACGAGGUGGACAACCUGUUCAAGGAAGGCCUCCGCCUGAAGCAGAGCUUACAAGACCAACUCUUCCACAAGCUGCCGUUGGUCAGCAAGAUCCAAGACCUGAGCGAGGCCAAACUCAGAUACGAUACGCCCGACAUCAUCACCAAGGAUAAGUUCGCCUGGCUACGAGACGAUGAGUUCGCCCGUCAGACUCUGGCCGGCAUCAACCCUGUCAACAUCGAACGGCUUCAGGCCUUCCCUCCCAUUAGCAAGCUAGAUCCAGCCAUCUACGGGCCACCGGAAUCCGCUAUUAGAGAAGAACACAUCAUCAGACAUCUCGAUGGACUGUCUGUUCAACAGGCGUUGGAGGCGAACAAACUUUUCAUGUUGGACUACCAUGAUGCCUACAUGCCCUUCCUUGAUCGGAUCAAUGCGCAAGAUGGGAGAAAGGCGUACGGAACUCGGACCAUUUUCUUCCUCUCGGAGCAGGAGACUCUUAAGCCCAUCGCCAUCGAGUUGAGCCUUCCGCCUGCGCGAGUCGGCGACAGCAGGGCGAAGCGGGUGUUCACGCCGCCGGUGGACGCCACCAGCUGUUGGCUGUGGCAGUUGGCCAAGGCGCACGUAUGCUCCAACGACGCCGGCGUUCACCAGCUUGUAAAUCACUGGCUAAAGACGCACGCGUGCAUGGAACCUUUCAUAGUGGCCGCUCAUCGACAGCUAAGCGCGAUGCAUCCCAUCUACAAGCUGCUGAAACCCCACAUGAGGUACACGUUGCAAGUCAACGCCUUGGCUCGCCAGAUCCUCAUCAGCGGCGGCGGCAUCAUCGAGUCCAGCUUCACUCCGGGCCCAAUUGGCAUGGAGAUCUGCGCCGCCGCCUACCGCCAAAACUGGCGGAUCGAUCAGGAGACACUCCCCGCUGAUCUUAUCAAAAGAGGCAUGGCGGUGGAGGACUCGACGAAGCCGCACGGCCUGAGGCUGGUGAUCGAGGAUUACCCGUACGCCAGCGACGGCCUGCUUCUGUGGUCUGCAAUCGAGGAGUGGGUGAAGAGGUACGUGGCGGCGUACUAUCCGGACGCGGAGAGCGUGCUGUCAGACUUCGAGCUGCAGAGCUGGUACGCGGAGGCAGUCAACGUGGGGCACGCGGACGUGCGGUAUGCGCCGUGGUGGCCGAGGCUGUCGAGCCCCGGCGAACUUAGCUCCUUCCUCACCACCGUCGUCUGGCUCUGCUCCGCCCAACACGCCGCCCUCAACUUCGGCCAGUACCCGCUCGGGGGCUACAUCCCCAACCGCCCGCCCCUUCUCCGGCGGCUCGUCCCCACCGAGGGGGACCCCGAGUACGAGCACUUCCUGUCCGACCCGGCCAAGUUCUUCCUCGCGUCCUUACCGAGCCUGACGCAAACGACGACGUUCAUGACGGUGAUCGACACGCUGUCGACGCACUCGGUGGACGAGGAGUACCUGGGGGAGAGGCCGGACCCGUACACGUGGACAGGGGACGCCGAGAUGGUGGAGGCGUUUCACGAGUUCGCCGCGAAGGUGCGGCGGGCCGAGGCGGAAAUCGGGCGGCGAAACGCCGACCCAGACAGGCGGAACCGCUGCGGCGCCGGCGUGCUGCCGUACGAGCUUAUGGCGCCGACUUCGGGACCGGGGAUCACGUGCCGAGGUGUGCCCAACAGCGUCACGAUUUGACCCAAUUGUCCAAAUUAUUCUUUUAUUUAAUGGACGGUACCACUUGAAACCAGAGCAGUUACCAUGUGGUCCUACUUUAUUAAGAUUCCUUGUGCAGGGCGAAAAUCAUGCUUGCCAAUUCACAACGUGUUGAGCAGCUCCACCGGUGGUCGUUGUAUUAUUUCCCAUUGUCAUUUGCAUCAAGCACAAUCUUAACGUGUACAUUUUAUUGAAAGGAAUCUCAUUGGACUUGUUCUGCUAAA